AAAAGCAAAUAAAGAAGCCCUUAACAACACGUCCGGAAGCGGUCAGGGCUCAGACCAGAACGCAAUGAACGGCGGCAACAAUGCAACGGUUGUUGAUAACCCUAACCCUAACGCUUCUGCUGCAGCAGUAUCUGUGGCGACUCCUCUUAUUGUUGUAACCCCUGAACAAAACGAAGCAACUCCAAAGCCCAAUGUCGAUCACAGUCUCAAGGUCGAAAAUACUCCCAACGACGACCUGAAGGAAUCCAAGUCAACAGCUUUAUCGAUGGCGAAUUUCAAACAUACAGAUCUGGCUGAGUUGCUAAAGAACCCAGUUCUUACACCUUCGUAUCAAGUGACAAGAUUGCAGCUGCUGCAAUCACACCUGGAAGCGGCAUGCAGAAAAAGAAACGGUUCUUUUGCGAACAGCGAUUUAAAACCAGGAGCAAGAGUGAUUGCUAGUCCAGGUGUCUUCAAAGCCGAUGCAAACUCCAUGAUAACUCUGAAGAACAUCAAUUCCUACUUGGAAAUCGAAGAUACGAAAGAGAUCGAUGCUGGCACGAAUGGCUUAUUACAGAACCAACAACUUCAGUCACAUCUGAUGCAGAUGAACUUCGAUGUGAAUAUUGAUUCAAAUAUUAGCGAAUCCAGUGACCGACUGCAGUACUGUGGUGUCAUAAUGCCGAGUACAUCGCAAGAAAGACUAAAUGUUAUUGGUCCUAAUCCGACUUCGAUCCUCAAUCAUUUCAGUGCAGAAUCGGAGAAAUUGUGUGAGAUCGGUGGGUAUCCACAAGGCAAGUUCGAUAUCUACAAAGUUCGAUCUGUGAAACUGGAACAAACACUUUAUAAAGAGACGUUAUCAGUGAAAAACGACACGAAAUCAAGUGAAAGCAUAAACGAAGACGCUGAGAAUUUGAGUGAGGAAAAUACUGUUGCUAAUAAAGAGGUGCCUGCGAAAAAAAUCGAUAAAGAUUCCGAGGUUGUGAGGAAAGAAGUGAUUCCAGAACUAACGAACGGUUGUUCAGAAAGCAAUUUGGAUAAAUCGAGGUCGAUUAACAAAUUAGGUGUAGGAUUAAAAAUGUUGUUGUCUAGGUGGAGCAACAAGGUUAUUUUAAAAUUGGAAAAUAAUGCUUCUGGUGCAAACAAACGUUCUGGGAAAAGUUCUGUGAGAAAACAUAACGAUAUAGUUGCUGGAAUUCAUCGUGGAUCGAUCGAUGAUCAAGGAAAAAACACAAACCAAAAUUCACCAAAAUAUAACAGCGAUGCUGUAACUAGUGAAACAUUAAAAGAAAAUAGCGAACAAGUUCAAACUAAUAUCGCAGAUGUGUCAAAAGAGAAAAAUGAAGAUGACGCGUCAGCGGAGAUAAUGAAUAAUGACGAAAAUUCACAUAAAAACAGCGAAAAUGUACAACAAAGAGAAAGCGAUAUCCUUUUCAACGAAGCUACAAUACAAAAUGGCGAUGGUGGUAAGCCAGCUAUUUUGGGGAGUCCAUCACAAAACAAUUCUAAUAACUGUUUAGCAAUGUCUGCUCCAAUUACAAUGAAGAGCACAUCAAAAACAAAGCGAAACGAAACAAAAUACAUAGAAAAGCUCCCAAAAGAAAUUAAUUGCAUUAACGAUCCUGAAAAUGAGAGUAAAACAUGCAUGGACGAAGAACAGCUUACAAACGCCGAAGGGGAUAAAUUAUCCGGUGAAAAUACAAAGAAAUGUGUUACUUAUGUUUUUAUAAAAGCCAAGCCCGACUUGCAGCUCGAUGACAGAACCAAGUGUCUGUCUGAGCAAAACAGAGUUCCUGUAAUAUGCCAGAAAAAUUCACAUCCAAAAUAUCACGUGGUCAGUUCACAACAUCCGAAUUUUAUAAAAUGCUCCAAUGGAAACUGUGAGCAGCCCAUGGAAAUAAUGGCAAGCAAAGAUACUGCGAAAAUAAAGGAUAGUUUUCCUUGUGUUGAACAACUGUCACAAGAACAACACCAGCAACAAACGCCGGAAUCGUUUGAUAAAACGGCUAUUUCAGUUAAGUUUCCAAUAGGUGAUGAGUUAUUUAUACCAAAAAUGUUUCCUUGUAGUCCGAGUGUAGACUUAGUUCGAAAUCCCUAUCAAACUAACAGCAUCCAAAAGAGUUCAAAAGUUCCAGCUGUGACGUUACAGGCAAGUGAUGCAGAUAACACUCUUGAGAUUAAAGAAAAGAUUUCUCUUAACGUGGAAGGAAAUAAUUUGUUGUUACUUCCAAAAUGUUUUUCUAAAUCGUGUGAUAUCAUCUCAAACAGUAACAAACUUUCGUUAGAAAACGGUGAACCUAAAUAUGAUUGUGGUGUUAACAUUGAGCUUUUGAACAGUAAUAAUUCCAACACAAAUAUUAACCAAAAGACAACUGGAUGUGCUACAGGGCCAGUUUCGAAAAUCGAUAGCUUUGCUAUAAGAAAAGAAUCCUUUGCCGGAUUCGAACAAGAAAUGCUUCCGUUAGGAUCAGAAAUAAUUCAAACAAAUAGUUCUUUAAAAUGUCCAUUGAUAAGCAAAAAGGAAAAUAUUCUCGACAUUACAAAAGAAAACGAUACAGGUUCGCUACCCAGUAGUUCUACCCCUGGGACAAUUAACAUUCUCAUUAACAGAAAUUCUGAACAAAAUCUAACCAAAAGACUACCUGAAAAUCUGAGUAGUAAAUAUGAAAUGAUUACAACGUCCCAAGAUAUUCUUAAUGAUGGUCUUACAACUAAUGAGAAAAGCAUUCGUUCUGAGUUGCCAGAUUCUGACGAAACUGCAUGCUUCGCUGACAAAGACGCGCGAAACGAAACGGAUUCCAGCGGAGAUCCAUGCAAGACUAAAAAAAUCAAUGUUCCCAUUUUCGCAUUUGAAAAGACCAAACUGAGGGAUAUUAUUUCUCUCUUGGGUUGUAAGCUGAUAGAAACAUCAAAUUCUUCAAAAUGCCAAUUUUCGAAUAAUUCGAAGGCCAGCCUGGAAAAUAAUAAUGAAAUAAAAGAAGGAACGAUUAACCCAUAUGCUUGUAAAUUAGAAAAUCGAGCAGAAUGCAAACCAGGAUAUAUCGUUAGUAUUUCGCCAGAACAUAAGUUGAAGAAUUUGACCGAUAAUAACGGGUCGUCAGUACAAAAAGAGAAAGAGGAAGUUUUUAAAGAUGGAACUGUGUCUUCAAAUUUCGAAACCAGUGAUACAACAGCAAAAGACAGCAGUAAGGUACUUCAACUAGAAAAUGCAGACGAUGUUUUAAAACCAGUGACAAAAGAGACCGUAUCGAAAAAAGAUGUCCCAGCUACAAAAGCCUUUGAUGAAAGUUACACGCUGAAGAAAGCGGGGGUGUUGUUUGCAUUAACCGAUAUGAUUGGAAGUGGCACUAAUCGUUUAGCAUUCUCAGACGUAGUGGAUGCUGAGACAAGUCGUGCAAGUUCCUCGGAUGUUUCAAAUGAGGCAGUGAGCAGAGACAACGGUCACACAUGUACGUCUGGUUCAAAUCUAGAUAAAAAUUAUAAAUCUAUAUCUAACGACGCCAACGGAGAUAAAAACUGUGGCGAUUUAUCUGCGAAAUACGCACAGAAAACUCAGACAAAAAUUAGUGUAGAAGAAAAUGAAGAAACUAAUGUUGCUACUUCGGUAAAACGACAAAAUAGCACAAAUUCUUUCGGUUUUAUUGACGACCGAAGUUCAAACGUGAGGAAUAAUGAGUCUAACGAGCGACUUGCGAGGAAUAAACGUGCAGAGGAAUUUACUUUCGAGAUACCGCGAUUUGCAUAUGUCUCAAUUGAAGAAAUGGACAACAAGCUAAUAGAAACAGACAAAAGUAAAUCUUUACCGAAGAUGACAAAUUAUAGAAUUUCCCUUCAAAAGGAACUGUUAUCUCCUUCCUCUGGUCCUAUUGGUGAAAGUGGAUUCCGAGAGGAGAAUUCGAAUACUUCCCUGCGAAUUGAAGGUAAAUUAACCGGUCAGGAGCGCUGUUCUAUCACGAAGAGGGUUUGCGGUUUUAUUAGCGGUAAAUACGGCAUGAACGAAAAUGGAGAUGGUGACCAUCGUAAAAGAGAUAUCCGAGUCCAGUUUGACGAAGAAGAGGUGAAUAUAUACAGUGAACGAGCAAACGGCAUUACAAGUUAUAUACGACCAAAUAAAAUGAAUGAUGUGGUUUUAACUGAAAACUUAACCUCUUCAGAUUUGCCAGAGAAGAUUAAAGCUUCCUUCUGUACAGGGGAAACCGAUUCAACUAGCGGCGUCAUUUCGUUAAAUAGUUCGCAGAACCUAUCAGCGGAACAGUUGAAAGACGCUGUUGUUAUAGAUAAUGAUUUAAUUGCUGCUUCGGUCGUUGACAAAAUAACUUAUAACCAGAACGGCAAUUUUGGUGUCGACAAUUUUUUCUAUGAUCCCCUAGCGUACAUUAUUGAAAGUAUGCCGUAUUCUUUAGUCGAUGGUUGUAUUGGAGAAGAAGAGUUUUUCUGUAAAGAAAGCAAAAUAAAGGGAGACAUGGAAUCAAUUGGUGAGGAACCUAUCAAAACAUUUCCCGAGAAAAACACAAUGCAAAUUGUAACCAGUAAGAUAAUAGUUAAAGAUACCAGCGACCUUUUGGAGGAAGAAGCAGCGAGGAAAGAUCGAGAAGAAUCUCAUCAACUUACUUUGAACACAGGGCAAAAUGAAAGUUCAAAAGAGAACGAGUUUAGUUAUUUUGAACCUGAAAGUAACGAUGGCGGGAAAGAAAAGACUAGCGUUGUGGAGUUGCCAAACAGUCUGUCAACAAAAUUAAAAAUUAACCCGACAGAAAUGGCUCUCUAUAACUCGGUCGAGUCAUCAAAUGUAGAGAAAAAUAUAGUUUUUGAUAUAUCUGACAAUAAUGUAUCAAAUAGCGGUCCAUUAAAUAGUAUUGCUGUAUCAAACGGCACCAUCUCGAGCGGAGAUGUCGCAUCACGUGAUACCUUCGUAAAUAACGUCCAAUCAGACGAUAGUAACUCAAGUAAUGUCGCCUCUAGCAGCGUUGUAUCGAACGAUGUUAUGACAAAUAAUAACGUUUCACGUGUUUGUUCUUCAAUUAAUGCCGUAUCGAACGGUAACACAGGAAAAUGUGUUGCCUCAGACAUUGAUGUGCCAACAGCUCCGUUAACAAAUGCAUCCGCUUUGUCAAGUAAUAUCGCUUCGAACAACUAUGUGAUGAAAUAUGAGGAAGGUUGUGCAAAUAACAGAAAGUGUUCAACCAUUGCAGACAAUGAUAUCACCGCAUUUCCUGUCGGUGAUGCGAGGAAUAUUUCUACAGAAGUUGCAUGUAGGACAAAAGAUAUUAAUUUUUCAUUAUCAAACACCAAAACAGCGAAGUCUAAACAAAAUUCCAUUACCAUUUCACUGGAUGAUGUUGCAACCACACACCACUGUCGUGAUCGUGACGGAAACGAAGAUAUUGCGUACAUACAAGAAAAUUUAGCAAGAUAUAUCAUGGAGAAUGUUGCAAACAUCACCUAUCCGAAACCUAGUGAUCUGAUAGGGAUUGGUUAUAAUUUCGUUAACACGAACAACGAUCCGAUAGAAAAAGCGUUUAGAAGCCAUUGUACAGAAAUGUAUAAAAACACGAAGCAGUCAUCUUCCAGUCCAUCGCCCGAAAUUUUAGAUAAUGUUAGGAACUCUUCCAAAGUUACGCCAUUCCACAAAACCGUAGAAAAUUGCUUGGAUUUGGUUAAAAUGGACAUUGCAAAUGUCUCUAAAGCAAGAAUUGGUGUAAAAGACUAUGUAACAUGUCUUGCAAUAAACGUCGGCGAUAACACGUGUUAUAUUCAGAAAAAUACAAUACAACAAGCUCAAUUGAAAAUGGCCAACAAUACGACUGAGAAGCUGUUGGUGAACAUCUCUGACUUUAUUAAAGAGCAAAACGAUGACAAGGAUACUCAUAAUGCGUCUAUCGACGACCAAGAUCAAAACAGCCUCUGUUUUAAGACAGUUUCGGAGGGGAAGCCAUUACAAGAAUUCCCUGAGACUAUUUCAGAGAAGAUUUUUGAACAAAAAGAAAGAUUAGUUGCCGUCGUGACAGCGAAAAAGGCUGAAAAAAUUUAUGAAAUAUCAGAACAAAAUACGAUCGAACUAGGGCAAAAUGUAAAUGGUAAACUUAAAGUUUAUAAGAAGAAUCAUGCAAAUGGCCUGGAAGAAAUGCUGAUUUCUAGCGAAGAAAAAGUGCAAGAAGCAUCGAAUUCUGGAGAUGUAUCAGAAAGGAAUUGCCCAACUGAAUCUCCUGGCAACAAUACUCAGAAAUCAACUGUUAGCCAGACUUCUAAUGGGAAUGAAGAAGAAACUGAAGAAACCAAUAAUCCUUCAAUACAGGUGUUGAAUUGCCAGUUUAAUACGAAUCGAAAUGAAAAAGUUCCAGAAACAAAGCAAGCAAAAGUUAUUUCUGAUUCAAAGACCAAAAUUACAAUCGAAUCUGUAUUGAUUGACACUAAUCGAACUCUUCCAAAUGGAAACCGAAACGUGUGUGACUCGAACACCAAAUCGCAAACGAUGCAUGAUUCAGUUAAUGGUACACCAUCAAACAUAGUUACCAUCCAAUCUACAAAGAACACAGAUGUAAAUCCGCCAAAUAUUACAAGUCAGUCUACUGUUGAUGAAAAUACAAAAGGGGAGCCGUUUGCUGUGGCUAAAGAUGAGGUAAAACAUAACACAAACGAAACAGCAACAGACAGGAACUUCGAAGGAGAUUCUGCUUCUCGUAACACUUUUCAUAUUAACAUUUCGAACCCAGAAAAACAAAGCAGCGAAAUUACAACAGGAAAUGUCCAAAAUGAUUUUGUAAAUAUCUUAAAGACAAUUACAAGAAAAACAUCCACUCAGGCCGAUGAUUCUGUUCCGUUGGAUGAAGGUGCAACAGAAAAACCGGAUCUUGUGGAGCAUAUUUGGGUGAAUACAGUACAAAACCAAGCAGAUGGCGCUGAUAGCAGUAAUGGAAUCGCAAAUAUUUGCGAUACAAAAAAAUCAACUAUUAUAUCAGUUCACAGAAAUGUUUCUACUUCUGGUCAUGAAAACACUUCAAUGAAAGAAGUCGUGGAAAAGAAGGAAAUAUUACAAACAUCUCAUAACGAGGCGAAUAGCUCUAAAUUUAAUUUCGAUAAAGAAAUUUUAGAUCAAAUUAUUGAAACGAACACAUUCCCCAUGCUGUCAGAGAACAGCUUCGCCUAUAGUUUCAGUUCUAUUCUAAACCCUUUGGGAGCUAUAGUUAUAAACUCUCCGAAUUCUUCAUCUGGGAAUAGUAGUCCGGAGUUAAAUAAAAACAUGGCUACUCCAACAAAAUGUGAAGAAGCAAAGGAAGUACCAGAUGAACCAACAAACGAAAAGCAGUCGGACAAUAUGACCAGUGUAACUAAAACAAAUGGACAACAACGGCAACAACCAAAUCAACAACAAUCAAAAACUGUCUCUGGUGGAAAAUUACCAAACAUUUUUGAACGUAAAAAGAGUUUCAUUCAAUCUUCAAAACAUACGUCUUGCAGUCCGUUUCAGGAAAAUAACCCUAAAAAUAAAAAGACUGCAGUAACAGAUCACAUUAAGAACGAAACAAGGGAUUGCUUUGCUAAACCUUAUGAACAAACUGACAGAAAACCUAUAAUAGUCGCAGCACCCUGUAAGAAUAUAUCGAAUGAUAGGGCCACAUUACUUAUGAAAUCUCCCAGAUCUACAACAAAUAACAAUGAAAACUCUCAAAAACUAGGGCAGACGACCAACUUUCAUAGCAAAGUAUGUCAAAGUAGUGAUUCUAGUCAUUCAAAAAAUGUUAAAAAUAAUUUACAAGUUCGAAAGAAUCCGAGCGAUGUAGAAAACGCUACGAAACUGGAUAAACCGAGAAGCAAUAUUCCAAACCGUAAGGCGGCAACCGACGGUGAAAUGGAGAAACUCGCCAUUUCAAACGCGUCGAAUAACAACGCAAACAUACAUGCAGUAUCAGAUAAAAACAAGUGUAGUAUCGCCUUUUCUAAGCCAGUCGAUACAAUUCAGACAUCGAUCAGCGAUAAACAAUUCAGUGACAAAGUUUGCCAUAUUAAAAAUACGAAAUGUAGGAAUUGUGUUAAAAGUAAUUCAUCCUUUUUACCAAAAAUCGGCUCAAGUGUAUCAGAAUCAGAAAUGAAGAAACGAAGGAAUAUUUCUGAUAACGAUUCUAAAAUGCCUGAAAAUCACACACGAAAUGGUAAAUCGAAAUUCAAAUCGAAGAAUAUGCCGUCAAUAGCUACAGUGUCGACAAAAUCAAUAAACCAAAAGCAUGUUGUUCCUAACUGUAAAACGAAUCCAAAUGAUAAAACUAUGACCCCGAAUCAAAACGUUGAGACACAAAUCGAAAUGGCCAGACACCGAAAUAUGUUGGUUAUUGAUCCGAUCGAUGAAGGAUUGGCAACAGAAAUUGAAACAUGUAUUAAUAGAAACACUUAUUUGAAGGUUGAUGACGAAACAAAUUCCCUUUCAUGUACAGCUAUGAAAGAUGCUGAAGUGUAUUAUCAUAGUUUACCGUUGUUAUACAAGAGCGAUAAAUUACCAAACCUCGUAGGUUCUUCAUUUCAAGAACUCCCUCCCAGCUCACCAUUAUCACCGAAAAAUAACUCCAAGAAUGCUGCAGAUAGCAAAUCAUCUUCGAAAGACUUUACUGAUUCAUGUGGCACAGAUUCUUCGAAGGGAGCUUUAUCAACUCAGUUAAACAGCCUGUCGUCAACAAAUACCUUCACUCCGGCACAUAUGCAUCCGCAUGAAAGCAGUAGAGCGAAACAUUUUAAUGGUUCCAAACUAAACACUUUUAAUCAAAAUAAUUGCAGGAACAACAAGUGCAACUGUAUACGCAACCGAUAUCUAACUUCACCGAAUAAAGAUUUGGUCGUCAAUAAGAAAAGAACCUCCGCUGGAAUGUCGUCUACGAAAAAAAAGAAAAUAAACGCAGUCGAUUCGAGUAACCAUCUGCUUUUUCGUCGGGGAAAAGAACAUGUUUGCGUUAAUAAUAUGAAAACAAUUCCACAAAGAAGUAUAAAAAGGCAACAGACGGAUUCGGAAAAUGAUAAUUUACUGAAAGGGAAACUGCUGAAGACUUUGGUCAGGUCCAACGAUUCGGCAGGGUCUACAUCGAAUAAUGAAGAUAAUAUUGGCGAAUACCAUAGAAAAUGUUUUCUGAGGAAAAAAGUGAAACUUAAAAAAACCUGUUUGACGAAAGAAACGAAAUCUGAAAUGUUUAUCUUAAAGCUUCAUAAACAACCCAAGAAUCCUUCGUCUAAAUCGAAUUUAAAGUCUUUUGGUAACGUCAACCCGAAAUAUAUCCAAGAGUUCAAAGAACUGGAAAAAAUCCUUCGAGAAACAGCGUCGAAGAUUUCCAAACCGCCACAAGUCCAGCACCAACCGUACGUGUUCUCUUCCUUGAAGCCCUACUAUGAUACAAGCUUGGUGCGGUAUAUGAUGAGACAACCGCAAGCUCCUUUCCCGAGCUAUCGCAGCCGCCAGACAGCCACGGGUUUGUGUGACCCAACAGAAGACCUAAAGCUGGACACUUUAAUUCUACCGGAAAUCCCUUCCAAGACAAUCAAGAGAAUAGAGAAACAAUAUAAAAAGGAGAAAGAACUCAUCCGCAAACAGAAAGCGAAUUCACAGAAGAAAGUCACUGAGAACUGGAAACAUCGAGAAAAGGACUUCUGUAGACAGGAGCUAAAACGUUUAAAGGAAGUCCAUCCAUCAAACAGAGCUAACCUCUUAGCUUCGUAUAACGCAUAUCUCCAGAACAGUGUUGGCUCUCGCAAGGCUAUCACCGACUACAUCAACAAACUUUCUCUCUCUUCGAGAAUAAAAUGAAUUUCUGCUUCUAAUGUUUGUACGAUUGAAGAACAAUUAAUUCGAAAUAAUAAAUCUGAAAAUAAAUAUUUUCUUGUAACAUAAA